AGAAACAAUCUUUCCAAUGCUUGCCGCCCGAUAAAUAUGUAUUUAAUUAUUGAUAUCGUUCAUUUGCGUCCAAGCGGCGCGCGCUGCCAUUGCUAGAAAAAAAAUCAUAAAAAAAGUAAAUUAAAAUGAGCAAAGAGAAGGACAAUGCCGCUUUCGACCCUUUCCCGGAGGAUUCCCCUCCUGGUAACCGUCCGGGACCCGCGUCGGCUUUCAAACCACCACCUCUGGAAGUCAACGAUGAAAAGAAAGAGAACCCAGAAAUUGAUAAUGUGCCCCAGCGAGCAACAUGGGGGAACCAGAUAGAAUUCCUCAUGUCCUGUAUAGCCACAUCUGUGGGCCUCGGCAACGUGUGGCGGUUUCCCUUCGUGGCGUACAAUAACGGCGGUGGCGCCUUCCUCAUUCCUUACAUUAUAGUACUAUUUGUAAUUGGUAAACCUAUGUACUAUCUUGAAUGCGCAAUAGGCCAGUUCAGUACAAGAAAUUCUGUGAAGGUUUGGGCACUGGCGCCUGCAAUGAAAGGCACGGGCUAUGCUCAGGCUUUUGGCACGGCUCUCAUCUUGUCGUACUACGUGUCGAUCAUCGCCCUGUGCCUGUACUACCUGGUGUUCAGCUUCCAGUCUACCCUGCCGUGGGCCGUGUGCGACGAGUCCUGGACCGACGUGCUGUGCGUGCCCUCCGGCGAGGCCGGGGAAGGCGUUCAUGUUGAGAACGGCACAAGCAGUGCCGAGCUGUUCUUCCUGAGGACAGUGAUUCAACAGAAGGACACCCUUGCUGGCGGGCUUGGCUUGCCGGUCUGGUACCUAGUGCUGUUCCUGCUCCUGUCCUGGUUUGUCAUCUUCUUGAUCGUGGCGCGCGGAGUGAAGAGCUCCGGCAAGGCCGCCUACUUCCUCGCUAUCUUCCCUUACUUCGUUAUGGUUAUUCUCCUGAUUAGUACUUGCACGUUGGAUGGAGCCGGGACGGGAAUUUUGUUCUUCUUGACUCCCCAGUGGGAUAAACUCAUUGAACUCAAUGUGUGGUACGCAGCUGUGACGCAGGUGUUCUUCUCUCUGUCCGUGUGCCAGGGCUGCAUCAUCAUGUUCUCCUCAUAUAACGGCUUCAGACAAAACGUGUACAGAGACGCCAUGAUCGUCACAACAUUGGAUACAUUCACGAGUCUCCUGUCCGGUAUCACCAUCUUCGGCAUCCUGGGUAACCUGGCGCAUGUGCUGGGCCGAGAGGUGCUGGAUGUAGUCGGUGAGGGCGGCACGGGCCUGGCCUUCAUAUCCUACCCUGAUGCUAUCGCGAAAACGCCCGUGCCUCAGUUGUUCUCCGUGCUGUUCUUCGUGAUGAUGUCGGUGCUGGGCGUGGGCUCGGCCGUGGCGCUGUUGUCGUCCGUGAACACGGUGCUCAUGGAUACCUUCCCGCGAGUGCCUACUAUCGUCAUGUCGGCUUGUUGCUGCACGGUCGGCUUCGCCAGCGGGCUCAUCUAUGUCACUCCUGGUGGUCAAUGGGUGUUAGAGCUUGUAGAUCACUUUGGCGGAACGUUCUUAAUCCUGUUCACUGGUAUUGCUGAAAUUGUCGGAGUCAUCUGGAUUUACGGUCUGGAGAACCUGUGCCUCGACAUCGAGUUCAUGCUGGGCCUGAAGACCAGCGUCUACUGGCGGUGGUGCUGGGGCAUCAUCGCUCCUGCCAUGAUGAUAAUAGUCUUCAUAUACGCCUUAGUAACUAAUAAUUUCGGCGGUGAUGCCUUCCCGGAUGUUGCGAUCGCAAUGGGAUUUGUCAUUCUUGCCCUUGGCAUACUACUGAUUCCCAUCUUCAUUGCUGUAACAAUGUUCAAGUACAGAACUGGAAACUUGACACAGACGGUCAAACUAGCCUUCACUAAAAAGCCGUCCUGGGGCCCAGCCAACAAGGACACGAAGCAAGAGUGGGCCCUCUUCAAAGCGGAUGCCAAGCAGGCGAGACAGAAACGCACCACAUCCAAGGUCAAACACAUAGGCCUCAGCUUAUUAGGCUCCUACAGGAGAGGAGUGUAAUUAAUAGGUAUAUGUAGUUUGUUAAUUGGAUAUUGUACUCAUAAUUUUAGAACAAAACGGGACUUAAUCGCGUAAACACUUCCAUUUAUAUUUGGCCCGACGUUUCGAACAUCACAUGUUCGUGGUCACGGGUAGACUGGCGAGGAAUAGCAUCAACAUCUU